AAACUCUGCAUGUAUUCAGUAAAUGGUUGGAUGAGACUGCGUAAACGUGAACAUACCCCAUCAAAAGCCCAUGCUUGAACACUCCCCAUGUAGCAGCGGCUAUGGAGUAAUAAUCCCCGUGGCAAUACAUGCAUAAAGUCAACUUUCUACAACAUAUCCAUAGGCGAUUUCCUUUCUCGGCGUCCGUAAGCAUGCCACCCUGGCGUCGCAUCGUGUGGACCUUUGCAUUUUGCCUGGCCAUUGCGGGUUCGUUCCGUCGCCUGUUCUCUUAUGAGCCGUGUUUAAUGUUCCCACCGAGAAACGGGCAUCUAAGCGCUAGAAUACUGUGGCGAGCCGUUUCGCCUCUCAGCACAGCGUUGCACUGCAAUCUGCCCUUUGGGGGCCUUUUGCCUUCAAGACUCCUCCUGGACAUGCCGUUGCUUCCUGGAGUAUGGCUAUGCACCCUCGCUUGCAGAACUUGCAUAGGCUAUGUUCAAUAUCGCGGGAUAUCAUGCGGCAUGUCGACAGAUAUAAUCCCUGGAGCGCGUAAUAUCACUGUCCGUGCGUAAGACGUUGUUGUAACCUCGGAAGUUGCUUUCGGCCCCCAAAAUCCAACACCACCCCGGUCCUUCGAUCCCAAACAGGCAACACUUGGUCAAAACACAUCGCUGUCUUGACGUGAUCUCUUAUCUCGGCAUCUGAAGACGAUAGAAAGUCUUGAAUGUCUUCCCCGUCGGCAGUUUUUCCGUCCACUCAUCUGCCUUGAUGAAUA